CAUGUCGGCACCGCGCCGGACGGCGACACGCACAUUGAGAAGUACGACGACAAUUAUAAUGAAGAUGUGGACAUGGUUCGGUGGCGUGCGAGAUGGAACGACGCCCCCAACGGCGUGAAUCCUGCGCGGGCGCACCGCUUUCGGGAGGAGCCGACGGCGGUGGAGAAGCAGGUGUUCUUUCGAGAUGCUGAGCUGCUGGCCGAUCAUCGACGCCGCAUCGUGGCGGCCACGGUCGGGCGGCCCGACCUGCUCACGGUGCCGGGCUUCCGCGCGCUGGUGCCGGGCGGGCCAGGCGGUGCCGCCCCCGCCGCGGCGGCGGCGGCCGGGCCUGUGGCGGCUGCUGGGCCUCGCCCAGGUGUGCCGCAGGGCGUGGCGGCUCAGGCGGCGGCGGCGGACGCUGGCACGCGCUGGCGGGCGGCGCAGUCGCUGGGGGGCGCGCGGCACGGCGACGAGGUGCCUGGCCACGUGGCGACGGCGGCCGCAGUGCGCGGGCGCGACCUCCAUGCCCUCGGGGACGGCAGCGCCUUGUUCGCGGAGGAGGUGCCGGCGGACGAGUUCGAGUCGUUCACGGGGCGCGCCGCGGCGACGCGGUCCGUCAUGGCCGCCCGCGCUCGCGAGGAGGACUUCGGACGCGACUGGCUGGUGACGGGCCCUCGCACGACGUCUUGGUGCAUCGAGUUCAUCAACAACGAGGGGAUGGGCAUCGACGGCCAUCACGAUCGGUUUCGGGCGGUGGCCAAGCUCGAGCCGACGCAGUGGGGAGUGCAGGAGCACUUCCAGUGCACGCAGUACAUCCGCUUGCUGCUGCUCCCCGACCAGUGCGACGGCACCAACUUGCAGGCCUGCGAGGCCAUCUGCCGACGCACGCAGACGAUCGAGCACUCGUACCUGGAGAAGGUUGAUGGCGCGCCCGACAUGUUGGAGUUCGUACGCAAGGAAGUUGAACGUGAAGCUGCCCUGGCGAAGAGCCUCCGUAAGGCUCGCGAAGAGAAGGAGGCUCUCAAGAAGGGCAAGAAAGACGGUCAAG